UAGUAUCGAUCCCUCUUUGAAGAAUCCGUGCUUCAUCGGAAAAUCAUGAUCGGGUGGGAUGGAUACUGAUGCUGAUGGUCUCCCCACCCUUACAAGUACUCUCUAGUUUCCGGAUUGCGGAGAUUCCUAUUUUCCGAGGACUUCGCCGAUGCCAGAAGCUUGUUGCAUCCCAGCUUCAUGUGCAGCAAUCCAGUCCCAGCACACUUGAAUUCAGCAUUUCGCUACUGGGCACCUACUUGGUUACUCGUUAUUCUGGUUGAUCUCUGCGAUAAGGGAUCGGGUUCUGCCUCUGAGCUCAUUACUAUCGCAUUUUCUUAGCCCACCUUUUAGAGUAUCUACUAUGUUGCCCCUCGGUUUGCUAACGGCCGCUCAAGGCCACCCCAUGCUUGUCGAGCUUAAGAACGGCGAGACACUGAACGGACAUCUCGCCAAUUGCGACAACUGGAUGAAUUUGAUUCUUAAGGAAGUGGUUCAGACAAGCCCCGAAGGCGACCGUUUCUUUCGACUACCAGAGGUCUACGUCCGAGGAAACAAUAUCAAAUACCUACGGAUUCCUGAGGAGAUUAUCGAAAUGGUGAAAGACCAACAGCAGAACCAACCGCCAAAUCGCAACCGUGGCCCUCGCGAAGGUGGAAGGGGCGAUAGGGGAGGCCGGGGAGGUCGGGGUCGUGGGCGUGGCCGGGGCCGGGGUGGAAGCUAGAUGUGGGAUUUGGUGCCACGCAAUGACGAGCAGAGACAAAGAAAGAUACCCCGGAGAUACUGAGGAAGUAGUUCGCUAUGGAGGAUGGUUUGACGGGUUAGUCGCAUGGCCUGGCGCAUCUGGUUGGGUUUUUCGCUGGGAAUCGUGCCAUGUAAAAUUCGUUGCUACAAUAAUCAUUAUGUGACCCAUGUGAAAACGACAAGAAAUGAUAACUCCGUAGUUUCCUAACAACCUUCAUCU